CUAAUCGAGCUGUGUGUCAUGCAGAUCAGAUUAUAUACUCAGGGAUAAAAUAAUAAUUUUUGAGCAAUUCUUCAAUAUAUUCAAACAUGGUGUGGCCUCAUUGUGAUGGGAGAGACCUUCAUGAAGAACACGACCGAGUCUACACUCCACACUAACAUCCUGCGAGAAGCGUAUUUCUGCUUUGGAAGGGAGCCAGCCCAUCUCCCUGGAUGCCCCUGAAACACUCCCCAGUGCCGGCCACCAACCGCUGGCCAGUUGACCUUGCUCCUACUCCCACGCAGGCCACACUCCUUUCCAGAAGAUUCGCUCCACCACAGACCCUCAUCCGGAGGGCCCGCCCUAUCAGGAAAUGGCAAAACGGGGCUCUAGUGGGGAGAAGAUUGCAUAAUGCACAGCUGGUGGCCAAACCUGUCCCGGGUGUUCACAUGGGUCGUUCUGGAAUGAUUUUCGGCAGGCGAAUUCCUGCACACCUUGUGAAAGGCAGGAGAUGGAAAACUCUGGGACUUGUCACACCCAUUAAACAAUACGGGGCGAAGGACGAGGGAGGAAGGAACAUGGUGGACAGGCUGAGAAGCAGAAAGCCAGCAAGGAACAAAGGGCUCGCCAACACGAGACAAGACAGCUCGAGGAGGAUGGAGGGAAGACAGGGGUUGAGGCAGGUCCAGCCGGCCUCAUUACCAGUAAGACUCGAGGUGGAUGGAAAGGUGACAGGAUUACAGAAGAUGCCUGCACAGUACGCUUAUUACGGGCCGGGGGAGCAGCACGGUGCCUACCUCCUGCACCGCGCCGGAAAGAUCGUCCGGGUCACCUACAUUGCCGACCAGAGAGGCUUUCGACCCAAGUUUAGGUCCUUUAGCAGCAAUGCAGAACUCGACGCUUUCCUGGAACAGCACACUGUCCCCUCAGCCUUGCACAGCGGUGACACCUCCCUGCACACCAUUGGUGGCAUCCCCACUAUUGUUCCCGUCCAGAAUAACCUAUUAAACGGUGCCAUACCAGCUGCUGAUGGAGGGACUAGUCUGUUGACGACACCCAUUAGUGACCAUACUGCCGCACCAACUCUACACACCCUUUCUCCAAUCACACCUGCAGGUAAAGCCACCUCACCACCCAGAGCCUCCAGCAGCGCCACCACUACUACUGCACCACAGGAAGAAAGGACUACCACUACACGACCAGCUGAAGACUCUGCAGCCAUCACCAAACCCCAAGAUGAUGCCAUUGCCACCCUGACAUCGUCAGAGGAUGAUAUGUCCACCACAUUGCCAAAGGAGCCAAGUAGUGUCACCACCCUGACGCCAGGCCUCGACAUCACCGCCACCGUUGCAUCACCUGGAGAUGAUGACAGCACCAUUACUACAGCAUCAUCAGAAGACAUCACCACUACCACAUCACCCAAAAACACUACAAGUAUCACUGAAUCAACUGAGGACAUUGCAAUCAACUUGCAACUCAAUGAACAAGAUCUGACAUCGUUUCAAGACUUCACCACCACAUCACAGACAGAAGCCAUCACAUCAUCUGAAGACAUAACCAUCAUGACUACAUCACCAAGGGACUUUGCUGUCACUGCCAUUACAGAAAUUCCCACUACUGUUGCAUCCCCAGGCAGUGUUUUAGCCAUCAGUGAAGGGUCUGAGGGGAAUACUGUCAUCAGUCUCGUCAUCGAUGCCACCCCUGACACAACCAGUGUCAGUAGCUUUCUACCUGAUUUCACCAGUUUCCCUAGUGGUGAUAUAACAGACAAGAAUAUACAAACCACAACAAAUGGCAUUACCAUAUUUAAUGCCAGCGAAACGCUGAAUGAUAUCACUCCCGCACCUCAAGAAGAUACAUUGGAUGACAUCACCCUCACCACCAAAAUGACCACACCUGACGCUGCCUUCACAGAUUCACUCAAUGAUAUUACUUAUCUUACCAGUUCUGAGGAAACUACCACUGUCCUUUACACGCCCACUCCUACCCGCAGCACCACCAUAUAUCUUGUCAAUAACUCCACUGAACAUGACACCACCACCACCACCACUCUCCCCGAUAGAACAACCUCUGCUACUACAGUUCCUGAUGACAUGACUACUGCUACCUCCACAUUUGAUGACAACAUUACUGUAACAGCAGAUGAUCCCUCCACAACCACUCCAAGUACCAAUGCCAAUACCACUCAUACUAGUAACAAAACCAAUGCUGCCACUAUUACUAUGAGUGGUGCAGUUAUAACAAGCUCCUCCAUUGAAAUCACCACACUGAGAGACAUAACUAUCACCACGUUGAGUGAAAACAUCGACACCUUCAGCCUUACAGACACUACCACCGAUAUAAGUGAUAUCCCUGUCACGAAUCCUGUGACUGAGGUUACCAUUAUGUCAACAGACGCCACCACCACGCAGACAGAUGGCACCAUUGAGACUGGUAAUGACGUCUCUCCUUUACCUUCACCACUGACACCUAAUAUCACCAGUACCUCAGAGGAAGAUGAAGAGGUCCUCACUACUCCAUCAGCUGUGUCCUUCUAGUUUGGCAGAACGCUUUCUCAACUUUAGCUUGAGUGCUAUAAUGGAUGGCAAGCACAUUUCCCUCCAGGAAUGAGGAUGGCAGGUAAACAUCAAGGUAAUGAAGGAUGCAUUGUCACCUUCAGGAGCACCGGAAUGAUAAAUCUUCAGUGUCUAGAAACAAUUUAGCAACUGCUGACUUUAUUUAAAUAACGUCAUUUCAAAGUACUAAUUUACAAGGUUAAAUGGUUGUUCAUGAACCAGAAAAUGUAUCUUUAAUUACCAUACGGAAGUCUGUCCCACCACCAAUGGCCGCAAUGCAAUGUAUGUUUUCCCCUGCCCUAUAAAUAAAUGUAUUCAUACA